AUUUUGUCAGGUUUGUAGCACAACCUCAGCUGCGAAAGGGCGAAAAUGUUUACAAGUUCAAUGCGGAUGACUUGCUACGAAAAAGCGAAUUAAUUUCAUUCGCACAAGAUGUAAAUCAGUAUCAACGGUGCCACAGCAAUCAACGCAACACUUAAAAUGGCGGCAAUCGAGUUGCAAAGCAGAGGCGAGGAGCGCACCAUGCGAUUCCCUUUUGACGAGUCAAGGAGCAAAGAAUUAAGUGACGAGGCUGUUUUGAGUUGUCUUCGUGAGCAGGUCACCCCAGAUAUCACCGGGGUCAACCGCUUUGUCACCGAGGGGCAAUCAGAGUUGCAUGUCCGCCUCAGAGGGACCAGUCAAGACUACGACGCACAAAUAAAAUCCACCCUGGAUAACCUGGGCUUUUUGCUAGACCUUGAGGGGGAUGCGUCCUCCUCAGGGUCGGUCACCACCUUGGUGGGCAUAGACGGAAUGACCUGCAUGUCCUGCGUUCGAAACAUCGAAGGGACCGUCGGUGCCAAAAAUGGAAUCAAUUCCAUCAAAGUGGAUUUGGCUCGAAAAUCAGCAACGAUCAAUUACAACUUGUCGCUGCUCACCCUGGACCAAGUUUUAGAAAUGAUCGACGACAUGGGAUUUGAUCCCUCGGAACCAGAGGUUUGCCUUUACUUUUGUAAAGACGAAGCAUCCAAAAAGUCACAAAUUGAAAACUACCUCAAAGAAAAAUUAUGGAUUGCCAGUUUCGACGUCAUCGUAGAAAGAAAUCUCCUUUUUUUGAAAAUCAACAAAGCCUUUUCUGUAAACUCAGCACAAGUAUCUGCGGAUUUGAAGGAAAUUGGUUAUGAAGUGGUGGAGCAGCAGCGAAUAGCAGUUACGUGUUCGGAACCUGUGGAGGAGUACUUGUCUCGAACUCAUGGUGUUGUUGAAGUUCGGCAGAACGGAAACCAAGUCCUUGUGUUUGCAGAACCUGGCGCCGUCUCCUCUGAGCAGAUUGUUGCUCUUUUGAAUGCAGGAGGCUACCUUGGAUCUGCCUCAAAUAAUCAAACUCCAAUUUCGUCAAAAUCAGCAAGUCCGGCAAAAGAAAUUGCAGCUCAAAAAGAAGACGCAGUUGUUUUGGAGCGCAAAGAACUCGCCAAGUGUCACCUUCAUGUGCAGGGCAUGACUUGCGCCUCUUGUGUUGCUGCAAUUGAAAAGCACUGCAUGAAGAUCUACGGCGUGCACGGUGUCUUGGUAGCAUUGUUGGCUGCCAAGGUGGAGAUAAAGUAUGACCCUAUGGUUGUGACACCUGCAAAUCUUGCUGCCUCCAUAACAGACUUGGGAUUUACUUCAAGUGUGAUAGACGAGGCAGGGAGCGGAGACGGAGAAGUUGAACUGAGGAUCUCUGGAAUGAGCUGUGCUUCUUGUGUAAAUAAAAUUGAAAAGACGGCAUUGGCCCUGCCUGGGGUGACUUAUGCUGCGGUCGCUUUAACAACAAAAAAGGGAAAAUUCAAAUUUGACCCUGAAACCACGGGACCGAGAGACAUAGCAGAUGCAAUCACAAAAUUAGGAUUUGACGCAGAACCCAUUGCUGCGUCAUCUCCAAGAGACCAUCUUGACCACUCUGAGGAUAUUCGAAAGUGGCGCAACGCAUUUUUAGUCUCGUUAAUUUUUGGCGGACCUUCGAUGGCUGUAAUGAUGUACUUUAUGAUGGCAAUGCCUGCCCACCACCACGGGACAGGUCUCCUUUUGCCGGGGCUCUCGUGGGAAAACUUAAUUCUCUUCCUGCUGGCCACGCCUGUUCAGAUCUUCGGUGGCUGGCCUUUCUACUCUCAAGCUUGGAAGGCCGUCAAGCACAGGUCGUCCAACAUGGACGUGCUCAUCGUGAUGGCCACCACCAUCUCGUACGUGUACUCGGUGGUCGUGCUGGCUGCCGCAAUGGCCCUGCAGCACACAACCAGCCCCAUGACCUUUUUUGAUACUCCGCCCAUGCUUUUUGUGUUUGUUUCACUCGGCCGAUGGCUGGAGCACAUUGCAAAAGGCAAAACGUCAGAGGCCCUGUCCAAGCUCCUCUCCCUGAAGCCGACGGAAGCCCUGCUCGUCACUGUGGGACCUGAUUUUGAAGUGAUGUCUGAGAAGACCAUCUGUGCUGACCUUGUGCAGAGAGGGGACAUUCUGAAAGUCCUCCCCGGUGCAAAGGUUCCUGUUGAUGGACGAGUGAUAAACGGCCAUUCGAGUUGUGACGAAGCACUGAUUACUGGCGAAUCCAUGCCAGUCCCCAAACACACAGGCUCUGUAGUGAUAGGCGGUUCGAUCAACCAAAAUGGGUCUCUGCUCGUCAAAGCCACACACACCGGAGAGGCUACAACUCUGGCCCAAAUUGUGCGCUUGGUCGAAGAAGCACAAACUUCAAAAGCACCUAUUCAGCAGCUGGCUGAUAAAAUAGCUGGAUAUUUUGUUCCUUUUGUAGUGACGGUGUCUGUCACCACCUUGAUAGGGUGGAUUGUUGCUGGAUACAUUGACAUAAUGUAUCUACCUUUAUCUCUUGAAGCAAAGGAAGGACUGACGAGAGAUGAGAUUAUUUUGCAGUAUGCAUUCCAAUGUGCGCUCAGUGUUCUGGCCAUUGCGUGCCCUUGCGCCCUGGGCCUUGCAACCCCCACAGCUGUGAUGGUCGGAACCGGCGUCGGAGCCCAGAACGGAAUUCUUAUCAAGGGAGCCGAGCCGUUGGAAAACGCGCACAAAGUCAGAGCUGUAGUCUUUGACAAAACUGGCACAAUCACUUACGGCAAACCUAUGGUUGCCAAAAUCAACCUGUUCCUGAAAGAACACACCCUGAACCUGGCCCACGUUUUGGCUCUUCUCGGCACAUCAGAGGCCAGCAGUGAACAUCCAAUUGCGUCAGCUGUGGUGAAGUAUGUGAAGGAUGUUGUUGGACUGGAGGCACAUCCAGGCUCUGCGGAGAAUUUCCAAGCAGUGCCAGGUUGUGGCCUGAAGUGUACGGUUACAAAAAUUGAAACUCUUGUCGAGCUGGCAAAUAAAUCAGAGGGAGUUAUAAAUUUUCAUAACCAUACAAAGUCUGGAGGAAGCCAAAUUGAAAUAGCAGGGGUCAUGAUUGAAGAAGUGCCGUGGGAAAUUGGAGCCCCUGAGAAGACCGCCAAAGGGUUGCAGCAGCUACUUAACAUAGACGAUCACCCUACCCAGAUGCAGGGACCUUUUGAAGUUUUGGUGGGGAACAGAGAGUGGAUGAGGAGAAAUGCAGUGGAUGUUCCUAUGGAGGCUGACUUGAGGAUGGUUGAUGAAGAGGAAAAGGGAAAUACAGCCGUUCUCUUUGCAGUCAACGGGAGACUUGCUGCAAUGGUGAGUGUGGCUGACAGAGUCAAGCCUGAGGCACAUCUGGCUGUGUACACUUUGAAGAAAAUGGGUCUCGAGGUCAUUUUGCUUACUGGUGAUAACAGGAAAACGGCCGCAACUGUUGCUCGUGAAGCUGGUAUUACUAGAGUUUUCGCAGAAGUUCUUCCUUCUCACAAGGUGGCAAAAAUCCAGAAACUCCAAGAGCAAGGCAUGAGAGUGGCCAUGGUAGGAGACGGGGUCAACGACUCUCCUGCUCUUGCUCAAGCUGACGUCGGAAUUGCAAUUUCAUCGGGCACAGACGUAGCCGUCGAAGCUGCAGAUGUGGUGCUAAUGAGGAAUGACUUGCUGGAUGUCAUCGGCUGCCUAGAUUUGUCCAGGAAAACGGUGCGCCGCAUCAGGCUGAACUUUAUGUUUGCCAGCAUGUACAAUGUAAUUGGCAUUCCAAUUGCUGCGGGAGUUUUUAGCCCGUUUGGAUUUCUGCUGCAGCCGUGGAUGGCUUCAGCAGCCAUGGCCCUUAGUUCCGUCUCGGUUGUAGCGUCGUCGCUGUUAUUGAAAACGUACAAGAAACCAACAAGAGGUACUCUAACAACUCCAGAGUAUCAAGCUGCUGUGGCUAGAUCAAGAGAGUUGCCCGAAGACUCAAUUUCUCUUCACAGAGGAUUGGACGAUAAGGACAAGUCAACUUUGGCUUUUGCAAGGUCAACAAGCUCCACAAUUGGAAGACUUCUUGGUAGAGGAAGUCGAACUGAAGGAAAGGGUCGACUUUUGUCUGAAGAGGAUGACAGCCACGACCAGCUUCUUUCGCAAGCAGGAUCAUCGAUGGUGUGAUAUUAAGUAAGCAGGAUAUAUGUAUUUUUAUAUUAUAUAAUUGAUUAAACUUCGAAAAGAAAAGAAAAGAAAAAUU